AUGAUGCAGCACUUCUCUCGCUUCAUCAAGUCUGGUCCUGGUCUAGAAAAGACUCUGCGUCUAAUCCAGGCCGUCGCCCAGAUCGGAGCUGCCCUCAGCGUGGGCAGCUUAGCCGUGCAAUUAACGACGGCCAAACUGCAAUUUUCCUUGGGUAGGUUCGGAUUGAAGACCAAUUUCGCGCGCGCAAUUGAUCUCUGGAGUCGGGAGUUACUGACAGCGGUUAUGUGCUCAGCGCGAAAGUACUUUCGCUUCUUCAAUUUCAUCGACUCGUUCCAGCGCGUCUCUGUAUUGCUAGGCAAAGAGGGAAUCGGCUCGGUGGCCGCAUGGCUGGAGCUGGCUAAAUGGACCUGUUUUGGAUUGUAUUUUGUCUUGGAGGACUUGACGAUUCUUCACGCGAUGAGCGUAUACGCGGUACCAUGGAAUGACCGAGUCCUGCGCGAGGCCAACCAAUUCUGGUUCUAUGCCCUUCUUUUUUCGCUUGCCGGCGGCGGCUGGGCGCUUCUUUCUGCGCCUACGCAGCAGCACAAGUCAGCCUCGACCAAGAACCACGGCGGGAAGAAGAAGAGCACGAAGGGCCAGAAGCUGCCUGCGAAGUCAGCUCCCCAUCAUCCUCAAGUGCCUGCGCUCGUGAGACAGAUGGUCGUUGAUGGUUGCGACUUGCUGAUUCCCGGGUCGUUCCUGGGCUGGAUCCCCACGGGAGACUUGGUGGUUGGGGGGACAGCGGUGGUGAGCACUGUGCUGACGGGGCGGGUGAUCUGGGAGGUGGUGUGA